CUAUAAAAUUAGGAUAAACCAGCUUUUAAACAUUAGUGCACAGGGAGCAACAUUGUACAAGGAUAUCCAGCUCACUCAGGAAUUCUUCUGCAAGAUGUCUUACACUGAUGCACUGGCCAUUGUUGGAGGAUUUAUUGUAAUUUUCUUCCUGAUGAAAAUCACCUGGAGAUCCUGGUGUGGAUUCAGAGAGUAUGUUUUAUCUGAGCUCUGGCGUGUUGAUUUAAGGAAACAUGGACAAUGGGCAGUUGUCACUGGUGCCACAUCUGGCAUUGGUAAAGCUUAUGCCAUGGAGCUGGCACGAAGAGGCCUGGAUAUAGUUUUGAUUAGCAGGUGUGCGGAUAAGCUUCAGAUGGUUGCCAAAGAGAUCGAGGAAGAAUAUGGCAGAAAGACUCGUACGGUCCAAGCGGACUUCACGGAUGGCCACGCCAUCUACCCUGCUAUAGCGGAGGAUCUGCAAGGCCUGGAGAUUGGAAUUCUGGUUAACAAUGUGGGAAUGAACUAUACUGAUCAUUUUGCCUACUUUCUGGAAACACCAGAUGCUGAACAAAAAAUCACUCAGGUGAUCAACUGUAACGUGCUGUCUGUCCCUCACAUGACCCGACUGGUUCUUCCGCACAUGGUUGAAAGAGGGACAGGGUUGAUCAUCAAUAUAUCAUCUGAAGUGAGCGUCCGUCCACAGCCUUUGUUGGCUCUUUAUUCUUCCACCAAGAUUUUUGUAACAUAUUUUUCUCAGUGUCUGCAUGCGGAGUACAAGUCAAAGGGAGUUACUGUGCAGUGUGUGUCCCCCUUCAUGGUGUCUACUAACAUGACGCACAACCUAAAAGUCAACUGGUUUGUGAAGAGUGCUACGGCAUUUGCCCACGAGGCUUUGAACACCGUGGGUCACUCUGUCUACACCAGCGGCUGUCUGUCCCACGCACUGCAGGACGUGGCUCUCACAGCACUCUUGCCGGACUGGCUUCGGAUGUCAACAUUCUUCAUCAUAAAACAACGAAAUCUGAUAAAAUUUAGUGAAAGAAACACAGGAAAGGAAACGGAGAGGCUCAGUGAAAAGCAAUAGCAGUCUUUUGCCUGCAUGUGUACUAAUGUUGAAAUGUACCAUUCUUGUGUGUCUGUUUCAAUGGAUUAUCUUCACUGUAGUAUAUUAUCACAGAAUGCUGCACAAUACAGACAUACUGUUGUAUUUUAA